GGUGCCUCAUCUCAGGUCCCUAUUUAGCCUUGUACUGCAGAGAGCCUCAGAUGGAAUUUUUUCCCAAAGUUAUAAUGGCGAUGCCCUUGGCAGGGAUGCGGUGCCUGGUGACCGGGGCAGGUGGUUUCCUUGGGCAGAGGAUAGUUCGGUUCCUGCUUGAGGAGGGAGAGAUGGAGGAGAUACGUGCAAUGGAUAAAGUGAUCAGUUCAGAUCUGCUGGCGAUAUGUGAACAGUUCAAGGGCCGCAAGCUGGUGAAGCUUCUCCAGGGAGAUAUCUGUGAUGAGGACUUUCUCCAGCAAUGCUGCCAGUCGGUGGACGUGGUGAUACAUAGCGCAGCCAUCAUCGACCCAAUGGAAAAAAUCAGCACCGAGACUCUGAUAGCGAUCAACGUCACCGGAACAGAGAAUCUCCUUGAGGCCUGUGUGCAGAAUGAUGUGCGUUACUUUAUCUUCACAAGCAGUGUGGAGGUCGUAGGACCCAACACUAGCGGGGAUCCAAUUGUCAACGGUCAUGAGGACCUUGUGUACGUGGGCAAGCUUCGAUCCCCCUAUGGACAAAGUAAGAGACUGGCAGAGGAGAGGGUGCUGAAGGCCAAUGGUCGGGCACUGAAAUCUGGUGGUAUACUCAUUACUUGUUCCUUAAGGCCCAUGUACAUCUAUGGUGAGGGGUCCCAGUUCCUGGAGAUGCACCUUGUCCAAGCAAUAAGUAAUGGUAAUGUCUUCCACAGACUAUCCAGAAAGGAAGCAUUGGUGAACCCUGUCUACGUGGGCAAUGUUGCUUGGGCUCACGUACAGGCUGCUAGGGCAAUGAAUGAUCCAGACAAAGCCAAGAAGAUAGCAGGGAACUUCUAUUACAUUUCAGACGACACUCCACAUAUUAGCUACUCCGAUAUCAACCACGAGUUGGGCAAAGAGCUUGGGCUAGGAGUAGAACCAAGGCUAACUCUUCCAUUCAAUCUGUUGUACUACGCAGCUUUCCUACUGGAGGUCUUACGUUUCCUGCUGAAGCCUUUUGUGAGAUAUGUGCCACCAUUCACCCGCCACCUAGUGCUUCUCCUCAACACAGCAUUUACUUUCUCCUAUAAUAAGGCCCAGAGAGAUAUGGGCUACAAGCCGCACUACACCUGGGAAGAGUCCAAGCAACUGACCACCACAUGGAUGGCAUCUGUGAUGGCAAACCAGAAGGAGCAACUGAGAAAGAGCAAGAGCAAUUAGUACAGAGACGGGCAACAUCAAUCAAUGACUAAACCAUCUUAAAAGACACCUACAGGGUUGGUGACAGAAGCCAGAUUCUGAUCACUGCCGACCUGGACUCAUUCAACAGGACCACAUUCUUAUCUUUUAAAUAAGUUUUGUUCCAGAUCUUUAGAGUGACUCGGACAUAAUCGGAGUUAUUCACUAACCUGAAAAUUGGGGGCAAUUCAGAGUGAAUUUCAAAGGCCAAAAUAGCUGAAUUGGAACAUUUCUCUAGGUCAGCUACGCUUCCCGUUCAUCUAUAACAGUUUUCUCCUUAAAUUUCCAUCAAUCCUCACUAGUGAAUAAAUCUGUAAAUUAUAAAUGGUGUAAUAACCCCCAGAAUGAUGUAAACAACUUCUCUACAAGAUUCUAAAUGACUUCAUCAUUUUCUGUAAUAUCAUUCACAAUGAUGUCAUGAGGUUCCAUUAAUGAUUUAGAGAUAUUCUGCAUUAAAUCAGUUGGUCUAGAAUGCUUCAGAAGAAUGUCCUUAGUUUAUAGUUUAUAAUUAUAAAACGAAGUGAACGUUUCAUGCUCACUGACAUAUAGACCAAAGCUAUCAAGGUAUUAAAUCAGAAACCAAUCACAAGCUUUCAAUGGCUGCUGUCUCAUUAAAUUAACGUUUAUCCCUUCCUGUUUUCAGAAAUCUGUGAUUAACCGCUUCAUGUAACACAUACUUAUAUUCCUUUAUAUUCAUUCAGACAGAACAUGCGCUGUCUGCACACAGUGAUCGUAUUUACUAACACAGUCUAACAGGAGUAUAGCAUUUAUGAUAGUAGAUACAUAUAGCUCCAGAACGGAAGCAGAUAAUCGGUGUACGCGACUUGCAUGUUUAAGGGACAUUCUGUGCACCAUAACAACUUCAUCAGAAUGAGAGUGGCUGAGAACUUUAUGGUUAAUCCAUUCAUUAACGGGUAUAACCGCUGGAUCUGGCGCUCAGAAUCUCCUCGCACUGUGACACUUUGUCUUAAAAUGAGACUCAGCGCUCAGCUCCGGACAUUGAGUUAAUAUCACCAACUCCGCCUCUUGGAUCAGUAAAUUACAGAGUUAAUGCUUCCUCACAAGAUUACCGACAGGAAACUUUACCUGACUACUUACCACCAUUACUUACCAUAAGCAGAGAUUUAUCAAUUGUUUUCCUCGUUAAAUAAUAUACUCAGUGUAUCCAGCCCUGUCAAAUGUGGUUGAUUACUUAAAAAAAAUAUAAAACUUUUAAAAACAACCUGAAUCGAAGUUAUAAUUUGUCGCCAGUGAGUGGCACUGCUG